AUGAAUAAGGAAGAUUACUAUAUAAGGCUAUUUUUGAACAUUCAAAAGGGAUGCAUGAGUUUCAGUGAUCUAAGAACAAUUGAUGGUGUCGUUUAUGACUCCUUCAAAGAUGCAUGCUAUGCUCUAGGACUGUUGCAGGAUGACAGAAAAUUCAUUGAUGCAAUCUCUGAAGUAGGAACAUGGCACUCUGCAACCUUUUUAAAGAGAUUUUUUGUUGUUUUAUUAACAUCAAAUAACAUGAGUAGGCCAUAUUUUGUUUGGCAAAAGACUUGGAACUUUCUCCUCGAUGACGUACUAUAUAAACAAAGAAGAUUACUGCAAAUGGAAGAUUUAAUCAUGUCAGAAAUCCAAAUAAAAGAUAUUGUACUUGCAAAAAUUGAGGAUUUGCUCCAGUCAAAUGGCAGGUCAUUGAAAGAAUAUUGUGGAAUGCCAUAUCCUUCAGAAAAUUUGGUGUCCAGCUUAGAAGACAGAAUUAUCAUGGAAGAGUUGAACUUUAACAUUAAUGCUCUUGCGAAUGAACUAAUCAAUGUGGUUGUGGAAAAAUAUUCUUAUGGUCAACUAUAUCAUGCUCAAUUAGGUUUAAAGGAGGGAAGUCCUCUUACAAGGUUAAUAUCCAAGGCCAAAUUAAUCAUAUGGGAUGAAGCUCCAAUGAUAAGUAAGUAUUGUUACGAAGCUUUAGACAAAUGCCUCAGAGACAUCUUAAGGUGCUCAGAUUCGUAUAAUGCUUAUUUGCCAUUUGGAGAUGGUGAAUCGAUCGUUCAUAUACCAUCUGACAUUUUGAUUAAGAACUUUGAGACAGCUUUGGAUGACCUCAUUGAUUUCGUGUAUCCAGAUAUGUUAUCUAAUUUAUUCGUUGAAAAUUAUUUCAAGGAUAGAGUAAUUCUUGCACCAACUUUGGAUUGUGUCACUGAUGUCAACAACAAGAUAACUGCAGGGUUACCUGGACAAGAAAGAGUCUACUUAAGUUCAGACUUUGUGUGUGCUGAAGAGGGAAAUAUGGAAUUUGAGUUAGAUGCUUUCUCGUCGGAGAUUCUAAAUGGAAUAAAUUGUUCAGGUCUACCACCACACAAGUUGGUUCUGAAGGUUGGCGCUCCUGUUAUGUUGCUGCAGAAUAUAGACCAAACUAAUGGUUCGUCCAAUGGAAUGAGGAUGCAAGUUAGAAGAAUGGGAAAUCAUGUGAUAGAAUGCAAGACUUUAACUGGUAACAAAGUUGGAAGUAUUGUUCUUAUCCCAAGACUGAAUCUAAUUCCAAAUAAUGAAACAUUGCCGGUCAGGGUAACGAGUAAAGAUGGUCUGCGAGUGCUGUUGCAAGAUCAUGGACACUUGAAAGAUAACUGCACGAUGAAUGUGGUAUAA